UUCCGAGCAGAUAGAAAGGCAACAUCAGAAAAUGUCCAGGUUCGUUGUACCUACACAAAUCUAUACAAAUUUAUUUAAACAAAAAUAACCAUAAAAUUUAUAUAUAUUUGCCAUUUGCCGUUUGGUUUUGUGUUCUUCGUAUACAAAGACGCCUCUGUUUCUCUUUCUCCCUCGACUUUUACUUCUGCUACUAAUCACAGCUUCUAAUUCCUAUUAAAUGGCGUUGCUAGACGAUUCCAUGGUCAAUCCCAAGAUAUCACCGUCAAAUACCUACGGAGCGGUGGUUCUUGGUGGCACCUUCGAUCGUUUACACGACGGCCAUCGCCUUUUCCUCAAGGCGUCGGCGGAGCUGGCAAGGGAGCGGAUUGUUGUUGGAGUUUGUGACAGCCCAAUGCUAACUAACAAGCAGUUUGCUGACUUGAUACGGCCAAUUGAGGAAAGGAUGCAAAAUGUUGAAAACUACAUCAAGUUUGUUAAACCAGAACUUGUAGUGCAAGUUGAACCUAUUAUUGAUCCCUAUGGACCCUCAAUUGUUGAUGAAAAUUUGGAGGCUAUAGUUGUAAGCAAGGAGACAGUGCCAGGUGGGCUGUCAGUUAAUAAGAAGAGGGCUGACAAAGGCUUUACGCUCCUAAAGAUUGAAGUUGUAGAUCUACUUUCGGAAGAAUCUAGCGGAGAUAAGCUUAGUUCUACUACAUUAAGGAGGCUUGAAGCUGGGAAGGCGAAAAAACAAGAAGAGGGUUUUUGCAAAAUUUUUGCAAAGAUGAAUGACUUAAUGACAGAAUCGUUCUUAAGUUAUGUGGAACUGAAAAAGCAAGCCCAGAAGGAUUUUGAACUCGAACUUGACGUGGAAUCUGGCUGUCUCAACCCUGCAGAUGAACCAAACCUAUCUCAGUUCUUCCAAGAAGUUGCGGCAAUCAAGGCUGAAAUGGAAGAGAUCACUAAUCUCUUGAUUGAUCUCUAUGCCCUUGAUCAAGAGUCUAAGUCCACUCAUAGUGCCAAAGUUCUUCGUGGCCUGAGAGACAGAAUGAAAUCAGACGUUGUUAGUGUUCUUAGAAAGGCCAAGGUUAUCAAAGCAAGGCUAGAGUCACUUGAUCGAUCCAAUGAAAACAAUCGCAGGAUAUCAGAACUAUAUAAAGAAGGUAGUCCUGUUGAUAGGACAAGGAUAUCAGUCACCAAUGGCAUGAGGGUUAAACUGAGGGAGAUGAUGAACGAGUUUCAGCUCCUGAGAGAGCGGAUUUUAUCAGAUUACAAAGCUGAUUUCAUGAGACGGUACUAUACUGCAACAGGAGAGGAACCCAGCGAGGAAGUCAUCGAACAGAUCAUUUCGGGAGGUGGGGAAGUUCAAAAAUUUGCAGGAGCAGGGGUAGAUGUGAAUGAUAAAGAGAGGCAUGAGGUUCUGAUGGACAUAAAGAGAAGCUUGACAAAGCUGCACCAGGUGUUUCUUGAUAUGGCUGUUAUUGUUGAAACACAAGGAGAGAAGAUGGAUGAUAUUGAAGAAAAUGUGGCAAAGGCAGGAAACUUUCUCAGUGGAGGAACCAACAAUCUUUACUAUGCCAAGCAGAUGAAGGAGAAGAGGAAGGCCUGGGUUUAUUGGGUUUGGGCUGUGAUGGUGAUCAUUCUCUUGGUUUGUAUUGUUUCAAUGUUGGCUUCUUGAGAGAGGAUAUAUAUUAUUUGAAGAAGUACAGAGUUUUUGCCUCUUUGGAUCAUGCAUAGUUGAGUUUUUAUAGUUCAGGAAGUGAUCUUUCACUUUUGAGUAGAAUUUUGGUAGAUGAUUUGUAUGUUGCUUCAUGGGUUGUAAUUGGGUCAAAUUUUCAGUAAUUCCUGAAUUUUAUGGUGAAGUCACCGUUUUGAAUUGAGCAAUAGAUUAUUGAAAAAUU